CCUUGCCUCUGUCCUCCUCAACAGCCCACACAGCGUUCCUCGUAGACCUCCCCGACGCCAUGCAUACCAGCGAAUACGACUAUCUCUUCAAGCUCCUCCUCAUCGGUGACUCUGGUGUCGGCAAAUCCUGUCUUCUCCUCCGUUUUGCGGACGACACCUACACGGAGAGCUACAUCAGCACCAUUGGCGUUGACUUCAAGAUCCGAACAAUUGAGCUAGAGGGCAAGACUGUUAAGCUACAGAUUUGGGAUACUGCAGGCCAGGAACGGUUCCGCACUAUCACGUCUUCGUACUACCGUGGUGCACACGGUAUCAUUGUUGUGUAUGACGUGACUGAUAAUGACACCUUCUCGAAUGUCAAGCAAUGGCUGCAAGAGAUUGACCGAUAUGCGUCGGAGGGCGUGAACAAGCUACUUGUCGGCAACAAGUCGGAUUUAACGAGCAAGAAGGUCGUUGAAUACAGCGCGGCCAAGGAAUUCGCUGACCAAUUGAACAUCCCCUUCCUCGAGACCUCUGCGAAGAAUGCUACUAACGUCGAGCAAGCGUUCUUGACUAUGGCUAAGCAGAUUAAGGACAGAAUGGGCACGAGUUCAUCAACUGUUGGAGGGACUGGCAAGUCGUCAACCAUCACACCGGGCCAGACUGUUACGCAGCAGUCGUCUGGGGGUUGCUGCUGAACAGGUGUCUUUCUCCCAUGGGUUGUCUUGCUUCCUUCGCUCACUCUACGUCUGCCUGCUGCAUAGAGUGCCACGGGAGGGCGCUACUGGUCCUGUGUGUUCUGCUACAUUCUCAUGAUUACUACACCACUGUGCGGUGUUGUCGGACUGUUCUUUUAUCAUCAUUCCUUUUAAACUCCGUAAUGCUGCUGGUCUGCGGCCACAACUUCAUGAUCAUGCGGUAUGUCCGCAGCAUUAAUGCACUGUUUGAAUUACA